GUUUAUCUCGUUUUUCUCAUUUUUCUAUGCGUUUCUAUAAAUCCCUGUAAUAAUAUAAUGCUGUGUUGUUAUUUAGAUUUAUCAUGAAACAUAAUAUGAAUUAAUGAACACGAAGUUAGUUACUAUAUAUCAGUGUGUAAUAUAUGUUAAGUAAAAAAUGAGUUUUUCAAUCGACGAAGUUAACUUUAUUGUCUACCGUUAUUUACAAGAAUCAGGUUUUCACCAUUCUGCAUAUACAUUUGGCAUCGAGUCUCAUAUUUCUCAGAGUAACAUCAAUGGUGCCCUCGUGCCACCGGCAGCUUUGCUUAAUAUUUUACAAAAAGGUUUAUUAUAUACAGAAGCAGAAAUAACUAUAGGAGAAAAUGGCACUGAAACCAGACUCACAGAAAGCUUAAGCUUAAUCGAUGCAGUCACACCUGAUGCAGUUGCUAAUCGCCAAAAUGCUCACAAUGCUCAAAAGCAAGCCAUUAAAGAACCAAGUUCAGGUGGUGAACAGAAUGGCGUUGAUGUAUGUAUCAAAACGGAUACGACAACUACAUGCAGCGCUGCUCCAACCCCGACUGGGGUACCAACACCAAGUGCUCCUGAGACUAUGGAUGUUGAUCAAUCGAUAGAAAUUCCAGCCAGUAAAGCAACUGUACUGAGCGGUCAUGAAUCUGAAGUAUUUAUUUGUGCAUGGAAUCCGAGUACAGAUUUAUUGGCAAGUGGCUCUGGUGAUAGUACAGCGAGGAUAUGGGACAUGUCAGACAACCCAGCUACAACACCAAAUCAACUGGUAUUAAGACAUUGUAUUCAGAAAGGAGGUGCAGAGGUGCCAAGUAAUAAGGAUGUUACAUCAUUAGAUUGGAAUUGUGAUGGAAACCUAUUGGCUACAGGAUCAUAUGAUGGCUAUGCCAGAAUUUGGGCUACAGAUGGUACCUUAGCUUCUACACUGGGACAGCACAAGGGCCCAAUAUUUGCUUUAAAAUGGAACAAAAGAGGAAAUUACAUUUUGAGUGCAGGGGUUGAUAAAACUACAAUUAUUUGGGAUGCAGCAUCAGGACAAUGCACUCAACAAUUUUCUUUCCAUUCAGCGCCAGCCCUUGAUGUAGAUUGGCAGACGAACAAUUCUUUUGCAUCUUGUUCUACUGAUCAAUGUAUCCAUGUGUGUAGAUUGCAUGUGGAUAAACCAAUCAAAAGUUUUCAAGGGCACACUAAUGAGGUAAAUGCUAUUAAAUGGGAUCCACAAGGACAGUUACUUGCAUCAUGUUCAGAUGACAAGACCUUAAAGAUUUGGUCCAUGAAGCAGGAUACCUGUGUUCAUGAUUUGGAAGCACAUUCUAAAGAGAUAUACACAAUAAAAUGGUCUCCAACUGGACCAAGCACACAAAAUCCUAAUAUGAAUUUAAUUCUAGCAAGUGCAUCUUUUGAUUCCACUGUUCGUCUGUGGGAUGUUGAAAGAGGUGUCUGCAUACAUACACUAACAAAGCACACAGAGCCUGUUUAUAGUGUUGCUUUCUCACCUGAUGGGAAAUUCCUGGCCAGUGGAUCAUUUGAUAAAUGUGUACACAUAUGGUCAACUCAAACCGGCAGCCUGGUCCACUCAUACAAAGGAACAGGAGGAAUUUUUGAAGUUUGCUGGAAUUCCCGAGGCACUAAAGUUGGAGCUAGUGCUAGUGACGGAAAUGUCUUCGUGUUAGAUUUGCGCAAGCUAUAACAGAUGCAGAAUGAUGUAAACUAUUAAAGGUUACAACAAACCCUUAAUACUUUACACCAUUAAGAAAACAAAAGGUAAACAAUCAUGUAUAAGAUUGUAGUAAUAACAUUAUUGAAAACAGUGACUUAUUGGUCUUAUGUGGUUUAAUUUUAAUAUUAAGAAAUUUUAUGAAAUAUUAAUGUCUAGGAGUUAAUUGUAAACAAAUAGUAAUAAUACAUUGGUUACUGUGGAUGUAGAUUUAAAAGAAAUAUUAUUUGAGAUAUAUACAGUUAAAUGAUGUAGAUUCAAAUAACUUAAAAGUAAUAAUAGGUUUGCUAGUUUGAAUUAUGAUCAUACAUUUACAAUACAGUAGAUAAGUAGCCAAGUUAAAAGAUUUAUAAACUCUGUUUUAUACACUAUGAAAAUGAUAAAUUUAUAAAUAUUAUAAACUCAGUCUUGAUCUAUUUUUAUGUAACUUAAAUAUGAAUCUUAUUUGUAUGUGGUAAUAACAAUAAUGUUUAAUAAUUUACAUGAUAUGCUACAAAGAGAUAGUUGUUGGUAAUUAACAUUUAAUUACACAUAUUAAAAUCAUCAAAUUAAGUUGUUAUUUUGAUAUUGGGCAUGUGUUUUAAUUAACUUAAAACACAAUAAGACCAUGACAGAAAAGAGCUUAAAUAGAAAUAUUGCAAUUGCAAUCAAUGAAUUUUCCUCUUAGAAAGAGAUGUAAAAAUUUUUUAAUAAACAAUACUAACAUGUAUAAUUUUCCGAAAAUUAUUUUAGUGCUAAAUUAAUCAA